AUGGGUCUUAAUGGAGGAAGUGAAAAUCAAGAACAUGGUCAGUAUGAAUCUUUACUAGACCGGGGUGAUCAUAAAGAUGGACUAGGAAGUCAGAUUAGCAGUAGCAUAUGUGUAGUUGAAGGUGUGGUGGAUUACGGAGGAAACGAAUUGGAAAGUAAUAGAAGUUCACAUAAGGUUGGUAUUGGUGGAUGGAGAUCGGCAUGGUUCAUAAUUGUAGCCGAGAUAUUAGAAACCAUGGCUUACUAUGGAAUUGCUUCAAACUUGAUCACUUAUCUAACUGGUCCACUCCAUCAAUCAACAGCUAUAGCUGCUUUCAACAUCAAUGUUUGGUCUGGUGUUGUUUGGAUGCUUCCUCUGGUUACCGCCUUCAUCGCUGACUCUUAUCUUGGCCGAUAUCGUACCAUAUUGUUCUCUUCUCUUAUCUAUCUUAUGGGAUUUGGAUUGUUAACUCUAUCAGUUGUGCUUCCUCCUGCACCUGUAAAGAAUCCGACAGAUUGCCUUAAGGACAUAGGAACCAAUGUCUCAUGUGUUUCUAAUUCUUUCCAAGUCAUCCUCUUUUUCAUUUCUUUGUACCUCAUAGCAAUUGGGAAGGCUGGAUUUAAGCCAUGUGCACAAGCAUUUGGAGCUGACCAGUUUGAUGUACGUAAACAAGAAGAAUACACAUCCAAAAGCUCGUUUUUCAAUUGGUGGCUUUUCGGGAUAUGUGUUGGCAGUACUCUUUCUCGUUUGAUCUUUAUAUAUAUUCAAGAAAACUUGAGUUGGAGUCUGGGUUUCGGUUUUCCUGCCGUUUCCAUGGCCGUAUCACUCGUUGUUUUCUUGCUUGGAACCAGAACUUAUACUUUUAGUGUUAAAGUGGUCAAGGAAAACCCGUUAUUAAGAAUAGUUGAAGUCUAUGUAGUUGCCGUAAAGAACUGGAAAACUGCCUCAUCCUCAAUUGCUCCGCAAGAGGAGGACUGGAUCACAGUGUCCAAUCAUGGUAAUCGUCUUCGAGCUCACCAGUUCAGGUUCUUGGACAAAGUGUUGAUGAAUAAUAUCGGCAUCGAUCAACUCGAAGAUGCCAAAGGGGUCCUGCGUUUAGUACCAAUAUGGAUUACACUUGUGAUGUACGGAGUUGUGUCUUCUCAAACCCUGACCUUCUUCACUAAGCAAGGGCACACCAUGGACAGAUCAGUGGGGGGGAUAAGCAUCCAGAUACCAGCUGCAUCACUUUUAAUCCUCCUCUCCUUGUCUGUUGUUCUUUUUAUUCCCAUUUACGAUUGGUUUUGUGUUCCUUUAGCUCGAUCUUUCACUGGCAAACCUAACGGCAUAACGAUGCUUCAGAGAAUGGGUUGCGGGUUGUUUCUAUCUAUGAUAUCCAUGUUGGUAGCUGCUGUAGUUGAGAAAGCAAGACUUCAAACUGCUCUUGAUUUCGGACUAAUCGACAAUCCUAAAGAAACAAUUCCUAUGAGCGUGUGGUGGUUGGCUCCUCAGUACAUAUUGGUCGGUCUUUCCGAGGUUUUCACCAUAGUUGGCAUACAGGAAUUCUUUUAUGAUCAAGUACCCGAUGAUAUGAAGAGUAUGGGCAGUUCCCUUAGCCUUUGCAUAUAUGGUGUUGGGGAGUUUUUCAGUGGGUUUCUCAUCUUUGCUAUUGAGAAGGCAACUAAAGUUAGCGGUCAUUCUAGUUGGUUUUCUGACAAUCUAAAUCGUGCACGUCUUGAUUCUUUCUACUGGCUUCUUGCUGGACUUAGUGCACUAAACUUAGUAGCUUACAUCUAUUUUUCAAAAUCUUAUGUAUAUAAGAAUUGAACUUCCACCGAGAGGAUCAAUAACUGCCUUUACAUGUAUUUUCUUUAAGUGUACUCAUUGUACGUGUUCCUUGGUCUUUAAAGAUGUCGAGAACAUAUCUUAUUAUCAGCA